AUGGGUUUGCCUUCUUCUUCAACGCCAUACCUUCUAUUGAUCUUCUUAUGUCUUCUUAAUGUCUCCACCAUUAACUCAUCGAAGCCAUCAACAGAAGAGGCUGUGUUUUUUGGCGGGAAAAUUCCAGCUUUGUAUGUUAUUGGAGAUUCAUUGGUUGAUUCAGGAAACAAUAAUUAUCUUGCAACGAAGAUCAAAGCGAAUUUUUUACCCUAUGGUUCUGACUUUGAAGGAGGCAAACCCACCGGCCGUUUUAGCAACGGGAAAACAAUUGCUGAUUACAUUGCUAUCAAUUAUGGACUUCCUUUGGUUCCUGCAUAUAUGGGAUUAUCCGAAGAACAAAAGAACAAUAUUUCAACCGGUAUUAACUACGCGUCUGCAAGCUGUGGGGUUUUUAUUGGCACAGGAAAGCUAUUGGGAAAAUGUCUCUCGAUGUGUGUCCAAAUCGAUCUAUUGAGUGAGACCAUCGAAAAUAAUCUAAAGAAGAAGUUCAAGACGGAGUCAGCGCUCAGUAAACACCUGGCUGAAUCACUGUUCAUGACCGCAAUUGGAAUUAACGAUUACGUUUUCUUCUAUAACAAACUACUUGAUGCAAAUGCGUUCGCGAACACGCUUCUUCAUGAGUUCUUGAUUCAAAUUCAGAGAUUGUAUGAUUUAGGAGCAAGGAAGUUCUUCAUCAACAACCUUAAACCGCUAGGAUGUUACCCAAACAUAAUAGCUAAUAUCAUCAUACCAGGUGGAGGCUGCAACGAUAAAUUAAACCGUGCGGUUGCCAUUUACAACGACAAGCUUAGGAACAGCCUGCCUUUUAUGAAGCAAAAAUUCCCCGACAGUUCCUUCUUAUACUCCGAUUACUUUAACUUCAUGUUGGGGCUUCGAGCCAGUUCGAGUAAAAUGAACACGACAAGCCCGUGUUGUCCUAGUGUCUACGAUGGGGGUAAAACCACGAGUUGCACGCCAGGUUCGGGAUCGUGUAAGGUACCACAAACGCAUAUUUUCUUUGAUCCGUUUCAUCCGACUCAAUGGGCGAAUCAAAUGUACUCGGUUGGGUGUUUCAAAGAGAAAAAAGUUUGUCAAGUGGUGUAA